GGCAACAUUUUAAAAAGAAAGUGAAGUGAAAGAAAUGAAUUUACGAGAAUAGGUCGCAAGUCGCAUAGAUUUUUGGUUGAUUUCCUUUUCACUUUGCUUUAGUAUUCUCAAAAAGAUCUAAUAAACUAAAGUUAAUUUGUGUUCCCGCUUCCUAUUUGAUUCAAUGUAUUAGACACAGUACAGCCGAAAACAGGAUAAGUACGAGAGUGGACAGCAUCUUAUUGAUUUUCUUUCCAUGCAUAUGCUUUCAACCAACGCGAACCGAACUCAAUAUCGCGGCCGAUAAUUCUAUGAUCUUGCUCGAACAUAGUUAAAUUACGACUUAAGUUAUCGAACUAGUGUAUUUUCUCCGUUUUUGGUGUAAACAAUUUACGUAAAAAUGAUGGCCAAUUCGAUGGACACGGUAAACUCCAAUCAACCCACUCAAAAUGGUAGUAAGUUACAGCCAUGCCAUAAUGAGUCUAAGACGAAUCUGAUAGUAAAUUACUUACCACAGACCAUGACUCAAGAGGAGAUAAGAUCGUUGUUUUCCAGUGUGGGUGAAGUUGAGAGUUGCAAGUUGAUUAGAGACAAAGUGACGGUGUUCCCGGACCACAUUCUCAACGGGCAGAGCUUAGGUUACGCAUUCGUCAAUUACCAUAAAGCAGAAGACGCUGAGAAAGCCGUGAACACCCUGAAUGGUCUCCGCUUACAGAAUAAGAUUAUUAAAGUAUCUUACGCCCGUCCUAGCUCAGAUGCCAUUAAAGGCGCCAAUUUAUACGUGUCUGGUCUUCCGAAGCACAUGACCCAGCAGGAAUUAGAGAAAUUGUUCAGUCCAUAUGGUACUAUUAUCAGCUCGCGUAUUCUUCACGAAAAUAUGAACGUUGGACACCUUAUGCAAGGAGGCCUUGAGGAUCAAGGUCUUCAAGGACCCUCGAGAGGGGUGGCGUUCAUCAGAUAUGACCAGCGAUGUGAAGCAGAAGCAGCAAUACGUGAGCUCAAUGGAACUGUGCCUCCAGGAGGUACAGGGCCUAUGACUGUUAAGUGUGCUAAUAACCCUAGCAAUCAGAAUAAGGCUUUAGCUCCACUAGCAGCGUACCUGGCUCCAGCAUCAGCUCGUCGCUUCAUUGGCCCUGCGGGUAAGGCUCUACUAGCUAUUAAUAAAGGUCUUCAAAGAUACUCACCACUUGCAGACCCUCUUAUACAAGGCAAUGCACUUGGUGGUUCCGGCUGGUGUAUUUUCGUAUACAACAUUGGCGCUGACACAGAAGAAAGCAUUCUAUGGCAGCUGUUUGGCCCGUUUGGUGCAGUACAAAGCGUCAAGAUCAUCAGGGACCCAGCGACCAACAAAUGCAAAGGUUAUGGUUUUGUUACAAUGACCAACUACGAUGAGGCAGUUGUCGCUAUCCAAUCCUUGAACGGAUACUCGCUGAAUGGUCAAGUAUUGCAGGUCAGCUUCAAAACGAACAAGAGUAAAUCUUAAGCGUUUUCAAAACCUAGUCAAUAAAUUGUAGCUAAUGCAUAAAUGUUGAUCAUAACUGUCAUGGUUUGUCGUCAGAUAUUCAAUUACUUUAGUAUUUAUAUGUAGAAAAGCAAAUCAUGACAUGACAGUUCACCAGUGUUCAUGAAGAAGUACAAACCACUUUGAUGCUAUCACCGUAAUAUUGUAUGACAAUUAUCUCUGAAAGACAUUGCAUUGUAUGCCCUCUCAUGAUCAUUUAUCCUAUAUUGCUAUUGUGACUUAAUUUUCUAUUACAAUAUUUUCACAUUUUUAAGUGUAAAUCCAGUAUUCAACAUGACUAAGAUCACCUACAUCAUCUCUCAAAUGAACCAUGAAGAGAUCAACCUAUUUACAUUUAAAAUAAGGCUUAUAUUUACCAAGAUGUUAAAACGCAAACAUAUAAGCAAUAUAUUUUCUAUUUUUACAAAUCUUAUUGACAGUGCAAUAUUAAAUUUUUACUAUAAGUAAUACAGAAAAAAGCUAUAUUGUAUGAAAAAUGUGCAAUUAUACAUUUAUUUAUAUUUCAAAUGCCGCAAUAUAUAUUUAAACAAAAUUAAUGAUAUAGUAUCUAAAUUACGAUUAAUACAUACCCACUACCAAAGAUGACAGAAUGCUAGAUAAAAUUUACUUAUAUAAUACUAGCAAAGUAUCUUCCAUGAAAAAUUUUUAUAACAGUAGGAAUUGUCCGUUUAUAAGUAACUAAAGUAAUAAAUUAAUUAUAAUUGAUAUAAUUAAAAGUAUUUAUAAUCUUGAGCUUGACUCAUGCACAAAAUCAUUAGAUAAAGGACUAAUUAAAAUCGUUUUUUUUUUGUAUAAAGCAUAGUACCUAGAAAUAUUUUUGCUGUUUCAUUUCUGUUAAAAAAUAUGAAAAUCUCAAAUGACAACAUUUAUUUGAAGAAUCUUGACUAAAUUAUGAAUUUUUGAGACCAUGACAAUCUUAUAAGAAAAAUUUGAUCAACAUUUUAUUGGAUAAAAUUUUGUAUUGACUCAUUGAUUAAUUAAUAAUUAUCUAUAACACAUUUGUGUAAAUUGUGGAUGUUUCUAACGGUAAUUUUGAAUCUAAAAUAUUGUUGCAAACAACAAAACUGAUUAGCAAUACAUAUUUAUAACUAACAUUAACAUUUUUAUUGAGUAUGACCCAAGCUGCAAGCCCAGCUUCUUGCGUAUGCAAAAAUUAUCCAUAUGAUAUUGUCUCUCUUAUUAAUUUAUAUAAUCACUAUUUAUUAUUACAUUUAAGUAAUGUAUAAUUAAUAAUUUAUUCUAGUUGAUAGAUGUCUUAUCAUAGAUUUCUUUUCGUAAUAUAUCUAGAGGUGUAAGUUUGAAAUUAGUUCUUAUAAAUUUACUCAGCAAUUUGAUGUUAUAAAUUUGUGACUAUGUAAUCCAGUUUAUUCAUGUCGGUAGUUUCUUACACUUUGUAGUAAAAUUAUAGAUAAAUGUGAACGCAUAUCAUACUAUAAAUGAUUUGUGCUCAUAAACCAUGUAUUUCAAUUUGAGACCCUUAUUUUAUAAAAAUAUACAUUCUGAAUGUUUCGAAGUAACUGCCAGGGUUCAAUGUGUGGUUUAUUGGCACAGGAUUGAGGAAAGCUGUUCGACUAUCUCAUAAUAAUAACGAAUGGGGCUCGAAAAUGCAUUUGGAACAGUAUGUUUUAAGUUUACGUUACUGAUAAGGAUAAAACUUUCAUUAAGGAUUAAUAAUUAUUAUUUAUUUAAAGUACUUAACUACACGAAACUAGUCAGUUAUUUUUGCGCAACGUUAAAUCUAAGUACCUACUUAUACUUAAGUGUUUAAUUAAAGAAAAAUUACUGUGUUCUGUAAUUUAAACUUUGCUUAGUAUUUGAGUUUAAAUUAUGUUGGUGUGGUGUUUGUUUAACAUUAGUUUAAUUUAUAAAACACAGCAGACAGUAACGAAUGGUGUGUAUAAACUAGUCACAGGUAAACAUGUACCUUUGAAUUAUUGUAAUCUGUGAAGCUGUUUUGAAUUUUUUGGGUUAAUUCAGUAAUACUUUCAUUUCGCCGUUCGAGAAUGUCGUCCCACUGUCAAGUAUCACUUAUGAGUAACUUGAGCCAGCGGCUUUAUAGUUGGAAAUCCGUGUAUCAGUUCUAAUGAAGUGCGAUGUGAUAUUAAUGUCGCGUCGCACAUUGUAAAUAUCAAAUAGUUUCCAACCCUCUGCAUAGAAAAGAAGUCAUUACUACGAUGACGGGCCGGUCUCAAACCCUUGCGUUCAGUACAAUCGAUAAAUGUACGCUUUUCGAUGUCUAAUAUAUAACAUCGACAACCAAAAAAAUUCACGACAGAUUAGUGAAUAGUUUAGUUUGUGUUGUGUUGUCCGAUUGAAAGAUUACACGUGCUCACUAUUCGGUACAAAUUUGUACACCAGACAUGUUGGGGUUAACCCAGUAGCGUAAGUGACGUAGGUACAUGCCUAGCAUGUGCUGUUACACGCUCUUCUGAGGUUUAACUCUUAGAUAGAUGCCUAUUUAAGACUGUUACUGAGGCUAUUUAAGACGAAGAAUUUAAUCGCAAUAAGAUCUGAUGACAGGCUUUAUAUUUUUACUCGCAGACGAGCAAGUCUUCUAUUCUGUAAGCGUGUGAAAUGAAAAGAAAAUGAUGUAAUACCAAAACGAAACCCACCUAAUAAAGAUAUUUAAAUAUUAAUAUUAUUUGCUUAAACCUCGAAAAGACACUAAUAUCCUGUAUCAACAAGAUCCGAGACUCGCUCGUUCAUACCACGACGAAUGUAGCGAAAGCUGCUAUGUGACGGUCGAUGACUUUUACCAAUAUACACAGUACACCUGUCCAAAUUAUAUUUUAACUCUGAUUUAAUAUUACGUGCUAUAUGUGUUUAGUGUUGAUAUUUAUAAGUGUUUAUUUAUUCUAACUAUAUUUCACAAAUAUUUAAUUUCCUUCCGGGCAGGUAUGGGUAUUGUAAGGUUUUGGCCUAGGAUAGAUAGAAUAAGUAACAGUACAAAUCGUCGGUAAUGCGUUGGUUUUAAUUGGCUUACUUAAUUAUUGAAAUGUCAACGAAUGUAAUCUGAUGUAGGAAAUAUUGAUAUAGACAUUAAAUAUUGACAUUAGCAAUAAUGUAUUUAAA